CGAGAAGUUUUGAUCUGAUCUUUCAUUGCAGCUCCAGAUCUCCACCGGUGAGACAGAAAACUCGGCAGGUCGACUCCACUGUUCUGGACCAUGGGAGCUUAUUAUGGUUUGGCGGUUCUGGUGGGCGUGGCCUUGCUCCUGACGACCGGCCGAUGUGAUGUGAGCUGUAGAGGAACAGACGGGCAGCCAGGAGUGUCAGGGUCUGAGGGCAGAGAUGGAUGGCCUGGAGUGAAAGGAGACAAAGGAGAGCCAGCUGUGAAGGCCGACGGUCCGGUGGAUCCGGAAGUCCUACGGAUGCUCAAGGGUGAGAUGGGGAGUCGAGGCUUGCAAGGGGUCAUGGGUCCUAAGGGCUACCAGGGACUUCUGGGACCAGCGGGUCGCGCUGGACGGCCUGGUCAGCCCGGCCCUGACGGGAGGAACAUCGGCCACGGGCAACACUCAGCCAAGCAGGCCCAUUCAGCCUUCUCUGUGAUCAGGACUGACACCAGUUAUCCUCGCCUCGAACAGACAGUAACCUACCAGACUACUGUGGUCAACAAACCUGGAGACUUUAACGCAGCCACAGGUUACUUCACCUGCAGAGUACCUGGUGUUUAUUACUUCACCUUCCACUCUGUUGCCAAGGUCAGCAUGUGUCUGCGUAUAGCCAGUGAGGCUCUGACCAAGAAGCUGGGUUUCUGUGAUUACAGCAGGAACAAUGAUCAGGUGCUGUCUGGCGGGGCGGUUAUACAGCUGACGGCCGGACAGAGGGUUUGGCUCGAGUCCUUUAGGGACGAGCAGACCAGUAACGAUGCACGAGACACACGAGAAAAACAGAUCAUCUUCAACGGCUUCCUGCUCUUCUCAAAUGCAGAACUGCUGAAUCUUUGGUUUUGUGUUCCUCCUCCGGCUGCUGCAGGACUCAGAGCUUCACUUCAGUUCGUUUUGAACUCGCUGCAGUUCUCCAUCAUGCUGCAUCAUUUUUUUCUUGUGAUCGGAGCCCUGGUCUCAUUGACCGUACCAAUGCUGGUCGCCAGGGAGACCUGCCCAGCAACAGGGAUCCCCGGGAUACCAGGGAUGCCUGGGAUGCCCGGCAGAGACGGUCGUGACGGGGAGAAAGGACAGAAAGGCGACCCAGGAGCAGACUGGAAAGGCAGCCGCGCCCCACAGAAGGGAGAGAAGGGGGAGCCAGGGCUGAUGGGAUUCCCUGGUAAACGAGGUCAGAGCGGGGAUCCAGGGCCACCAGGGAUGCCAGGGCCUCCCGGACCUCCAGGAGAACCAGGAGAACACGGGAUUGUUGGAGUGCAGGAGAAAGCGGCAUUCAGCGUGGCCAGAGGAACCAACGACUACCCAGACAAAGGCAGCGUCAUUCGGUUCAUCACAGAGAUCACCAACAUCAACAAUGACUACAACACUACAACAGGACGCUUCAGGAGUCGGGUCCCAGGAACGUACUACUUUGUGUUCCACGCCUCUUUAGAGGACCGACUCUGCGUGCUGCUGAAGCUGGAUGGAGCGUUGCUGACAACGUUCUGUGAUCACCGGCGUGGGAGGAGACAGGUGACCUCGGGUGGCCUGGCGGUCUACUUGUCAAGGGAUCAGCAGGUUUGGCUGGAAACUAAAGACUACAGAGGGAUGAGAGGAAAGCAGAGCGGUUACAGCAUCUUCUCUGGCUUCCUGCUGCGCCCUCACUGACCCAGAUGUCUUAACCUUCUUCCUCACUUUUACAAAACAGUUUUACAGCAACACUCCAAAGCUGAAACUACAGGCAAAAUAAUGCCUUCCCUUCCUUCUCACUGACCCUUUCGCCUUUUUAAAAAAAAGCACAAGCUAGUCACUUCUCAUUUUCACAUUUCGUUUUCCGGAAACACUUUUUAAUACAGUUCAUGGUUUGCAGUGUAUUUUCGUUGCAGGAAUCAGGCGCCAAUUAAACUCAUGUACUGGUACUUAAAUGCAUGUACUGUGGAAAAUAAACAUCCAUAGACCCGCAGUUUAAUAUGUAUGUUCAUAAUAUUGUACGAUUUAGUUACUUUUAAGAAAGAAGGAACUUGGCUCCAUCAGUGAUCAGGUGUUUGUUUAUUGCCCUUAAAACAGAUUUAGCUCUAAAUGCACAUCACUGUUUUUUUUUCCAGCUUUCUCAUUUUUAUUGAAUCUGUGCAGUUUACAGUUGAAUAUAUCAUAUAUCCAAUUCACUGUGUUGAUUUUAUCUUCUCUGUUUGCCAGCGAACACAUGAUUUGAACUGGAAAAGUCAAUAAAAUAAGAGCUGAAAAACAA